UACGCAUUCACCCCAUUCACCCAUUUGUACAAAAAGAAAAUCAGCAAAAACGUCGAUUUGGCUCUUGGGAAAGGUUCACAGUUUGGCUGAUAAUCGCCAGUACUUAAAUUCCAAAUUUAGUGUCAUUAAAUUUAUAAUAAUUUGUUGAAAAGCGCAGUGACAUACAUUUCCAUAUUAUUCAACCGCAUAGUGAAAUAUCCAAUCAAGGGAAACAAAGCAGAUUCCAGACUUAUAUGUUGCGAAGGCAGGGCAGAAAACCAAUAUUCUGCAGCUCCAGAAAGAAAAAUAUCGAUCAGCUACAGAUUGAAGGCCUAUCAACUGCAUAACAUCUUUGAGAUCCAUUCGAUCGCUGACUGCCGAUUAUGCGCCUGGAUGAGCUGGUAGCGUGGUACCAGAAAAAGAUCGGCACAUACGACAAGCAGCAAUGGGAGAAAACGAUCGAGCAGAAAAUUCUCGCCGGAAUCAACCACCUCCCACUUAAGAACACCAAACUCAAAACCGAACUCAUCGAUGUGGAUUUGGUGCGCGGUUCGACCUUUCCCAAAGCCAAGUCCAAACUCUCCAUCCUCACUGUGAUUUAUCUUGCCGCCCUACGACUUAUCCUGCUGCCAAUCUACGCAAAAUGGUGGGUUCAACAAACUUCGCCGACGGUAUUCGUGCUAUUGCUUGCCCUCUACAUGCUGCAAAUGGUCAACCUCGGGAUCUACAGCUACAAUGUGAACAAAACUGGCCCCGAUCAGGAGGAGCACAUUGUCACGAUGUCGGAUUUUCUGAUCCCGAUGGCGCUGAGUCUGCUGCUCAGCGUAAUCCACUCGCAGAUUGUUGCCACCGCUUCGCACAACAACAGUAUCUGCCUGAAGAUGAAGAAAUGCCGCUCGCAUUCCACGCUGAAAAAACGCGAACGAAUACGACGGAAACGGCGUGCUCGAGCUCCCCAGCCUGGAUCGGGAGAGUCAGUUACCGGCACCAAUUCCGGCGGCAGGCCUUCCAAUGAGGAUCCCGAUCAAUCAACGAAGGUCAAGGGUUUGUACGCUGGUGCGUCGAGAUCGCCGUCGGGCUCUCCGGCGCGAACCGCUAAGAAGCAAGGGGCCUGUAGCACCAGUAGCAGUACCAGCAGUGAAGCCAUGAGCAAUCAACUGAUGGGUGGGAAAUUGGACAACGGGCCGACAGGCGUGGUUAGAAAGGAAAUAAAGAAGGUAGACCUGGUGGACAGUUCGCCGAAGCAGGCGACCAAAAACAAUGAUGCUGUGACUACGAAAGACGUUUUACGUGAUGAGAAUGGUUUGGAAGAAAGUUUUAGCAAUAUGCAGGCGGACUUGGAAGAUGAUUCGGUUUUCCUUGUUUCAGGCUACCACACUGAGGUAACAUCUGCUCCAAAAGUCAUUAUUCAUAAGACGGGGAGUUCCCUUACAAACGGCAGCACACUGUCGUCACUAGAGGCUCCACAACCAGGUUGCUCUUUACGUAGACGUAACGUCAACUGGAGUCCUCAGAUACCUCUCAACAACACAAAUGCAGCACCGGCCGCUAAUCUAAGCGUCAAUCAACCGGAGGCAACGGGUGAUGACGAUGGCUUCGAAAGCCUGAAUGGGAAAAGCUCCGGUGGAGAGGACAGCUCGAACGCUGGCGGACCAACGGAAAUAUUCUACAACAGGAAACUACCCUACACCAAUUCUUGGAUCAAUGGCAUUGACAAGGAUACUCGUUCCGAUAGUGACACCGAUACUCUGCGCAAUACUCCUUCAACUAGUCAAGACCAGUAUGGCAGCAAUCUACCAUCGGUAAACGCAACUCAGCAGAACAAACCGCGAAGGCACCUUUCAUCCGAAUCCGGUAUUGAACUACAGCGGCACGAUCGUAGCAAAUCUCCUCGGUUGCUGCUGGACGAUGAUGCCCCUCAUCGCGGCAGCCCAUUGGAUAUCGACGGAGAAUCGAAGGGCAGCGGUUUCGAUGAGAAGUUAGAGUCCAGCGGUGAUACCGACGAGGAAAACGAUUUCGAUCUCCAUCAAACUGAGUCUAGUCAUCAUCACCAUCAUGUUCACCAUGUUCAUCAUCACCUGCACCAUCAGCAUUUGUCAGAAGGUACGGAUUCCUACAGUGGUAUUGCUUUCACCAACACCGAUAGUGAAGAGUGCAGUUAUAGUUCAGAUCUCAACCAUACGGAUGGUCAAAAUGAACACUCAGAUGACGAUUAUGAUCUGGAAGACGCACCAACAAUCAUCCUCAAUCCCCCCUGCGGUGCCAUCGACAGAGUGAGCUGCACCAUCUGGGACGCCCGCGAGGCAAAGAAGGCGGAAAUGUCCGUCCUGGAUAUCUCUUCGGCCAUCAUCGAACGCGUCGAAGCCAUGCCGGAAACCUGCGACUACGUCUACAUCGGGGUCGUACUCAGCAUAAUUCUGUCACUGGUUCCGGCCUUUUGUAGGUUGUGCGAAGCAACCGUCGACUCCGCGAGCACAACCGAAAUCAACUUCCUGGAAAUGCCAGUACUGCUGCUGCAGAAAGCGUCGUUUUCAUGCGUCGCAAUCCUGCGAUUUGCCUUCGGAGAAUCAACGUGGGAAAAAACGGUCCUCAUUCUGGGCUUCAUUCUUCGACUCUGUCUGACCUAUUUGGUGUUCUUCUUGCUGGCCGUAGCUGAACGCACCUUCAAGCAACGAUUCCUUUACGCUAAGCUGUUCUCACAUUUAACCUCCUCCCGGAGAGCGCAGAAAUCGGGUAUUCCACAUUUUCGUCUCAACAAGGUGCGGAACAUAAAAACCUGGCUGUGUGUGCGGUCCUAUCUCAAACGACGCGGGCCUCAAAACUCGGUGGACGUUAUAGUUUCCGCUGCAUUUAUAAUAACACUGCUGUUGUUGGCAUUCCUCAGUGUCGAGUGGUUGAAGGAUUCCGUUCAUCUACAUUCGCAAUUCAAUCUGGAGGCACUGGCCUGGUCCUGUGCAUUUGGGGCCUUCUUGUUGCGUUUCAUGACGCUCGGCACCAAAAUCAAUAAAAAGUACAAAAGCGUAUCGGUGUUGAUCACCGAGCAGAUUAAUCUCUACGUUCAAAUUGAACAAAAACCGAACAAGAAGGAAGAGUUGAUGAUCUCCAAUAAUGUGCUCAAGCUUGCAGCUGAUCUGCUCAAGGAACUGGAAUCUCCCUUCAAAAUAUCGGGCCUCAGCGCCAACCCGUACCUCUACACCACCGUGAAGGUGGUCAUCCUGUCUGCCCUGUCCGGCGUGCUCAGCGAGAUGCUCGGCUUCAAGCUCAAGCUCCACAAAAUAAAAAUAAAAUAAGGUUAGACUUUCGAAGUUUUGCCGGUUCCAGGCGGAGAAAAAUCUGCCUAUCGAUUCAAUGUAAUGAUAGUUGGUUACUUUGUAGGUAAAUUCAAUAUCCAAACCCGGUGCUACGUACUCCCUCAACUAUACCGACUUAUGUUAGCUUUAAAUUGCGUACCAAACAGCUAUGGGCUGAGUGGACGUAACAUUUGUUAAUCUUCGAUCAAUUAGACACAGGUGAUAUUGGAUACCACUUUAAUGAUUACAUUUGUUCUUAGUGUUCCGUCUGUUUUUCUGCGAUUAAAGUAUCCGAAUAGAGCAGUUGUAGAUCAAUAGUUAGAACAAAACCGAAACGGAUCCGAAUUUGUAGUUUCUCACUGGUCGGCUGGAUAUGUGCGUUCGUAUAUACGUUAGGGACUUAGAGACUCUAUGGAACUAGAUGGUACACAUGUAGGAAUAGUGAAUAUUUUAUUAUUCGUAGAAACUUCUUCAUCCUUCGAGGAGAACAGAACCGCAAUAGCUAUCGAAUGGUAUUAGGUAACCUGAUAGAGUCGUAUUUUUCGAUGGACUAUUUCUAGUUUAGGACGUACAGUGGACUUUGAUGUGAAAUAAUAGACAAAGAUAUACAUUGUUGAA